GCCCAUACGGCCCAAUGAGAAAGCAGGCAUUAUCCGCGACGGCGCGACCCCUCUACCGGCUGUCGCCGCCUCCCGCCUCCGUCUCCCACACGGCCACACCGCCUCGUCAACGAGCUGCUCCCCGGCGCAUGAUGAGGUUCCUCCGACGCGCUCGCCUCCUCCCCCUCCUCCGGGGCCUCUCCUCCACCUCAGCGGCGGAGGCGGCGCCUUCCCUCCCGCCGCCGCGCCCGUCCGCGGGCCGCCGCGUGGUCGUGACGGGGCUCGGGGCCGUCACGCCGCUCGGCCGCGGGGUGGGGCGCACCUGGGACCGCCUCGUGUCUGGGGGCUGCGCGGUGCGCGCGCUCGCCGCAGAGGACCUCCGCCUCCCCGGAGACGCGGCGGCGACGGGGAGGACGCUCGAGCAGCUCCCGUCCAGGGUCGUCGCCGCUGUGCCGCGCGGGAAGGGCGAGGCCGAGUUCGACGAGGAAGAGUGGGCCAAGGGCAAUAAAUCUGUAUCGGGAUUUAUAGCAUAUGCUCUCUGUGCAGCUGAUGAGGCUUUGAGAGAUGCAAAUUGGUUGCCUAUGGAAGAUGAGAAAAAGGAAAGAACGGGAGUCUCGAUUGGCGGAGGGAUUGGAAGCAUCUCAGACAUUUUAGAUGCAUCACAGAUGAUCAUUGAAAACCGUUUACGUCGCCUCAGUCCAUAUUUCAUCCCCAAGAUACUGAUCAACAUGGCAUCAGGUCAUGUCAGCAUGAGAUAUGGUUUCCAGGGUCCAAACCAUGCUGCUGUGACAGCUUGCGCCACUGGUGCACACUCUAUUGGUGAUGCUACGCGGAUGAUUCAAUUUGGGGAUGCUGACGUGAUGGUGGCCGGUGGAACAGAGUCUAGCAUUGAUGCUUUGUCUAUAGCUGGAUUUUCUAGGUUAAGGGCAUUGACUACAAAAUACAACUCUCUUCCAGAAGCAGCUUCAAGACCUUUUGAUUGUGGUAGAGAUGGAUUUGUGAUUGGUGAAGGUUGUGGGGUCAUGGUGUUGGAGGCACUUGAUCAUGCAAAGGAACGGGGUGCAAAAAUUUAUGCUGAAAUUCGAGGCUAUGGAAUGUCAGGUGAUGCACAUCACAUAACUCAGCCGCAAAACGAUGGUAGAGGUGCUAUCUUAGCCAUGAAGCGGGCUUUGGACCAGUCAGGGCUUCAUGCAAAUGAAAUUGAUUAUUUGAAUGCGCAUGCAACAUCAACUCCUCUUGGCGAUGCUGUGGAGGCGAAUGCAAUAAAAUCUGUCUUUGGACAUCAUGCAACAUCCGGUGGUCUUGCAUUUUCCUCAACAAAGGGAGCAAUUGGACAUCUGCUAGGGGCAGCUGGAUCAGUGGAAGCAAUCCUCACCGUGUUAGCGAUCCAUAAUGGAGUCGCACCACCUACGCUUAACUUGGAGCAGCCAGACCCGCUGUUCGAAGGCACAUUCAUGCCACUAGCUGCCCCAAAGAAGAUGCCUAUACGAGCGGCCAUCUCCAACUCCUUCGGGUUUGGUGGAACCAACGCGUCGCUUCUCUUCUCGUGCCUGCCAUAGUCUUAACAGCUAUCUGUUUCCCUCCCUUUUUUCUGAAAGGGAACUCUGUUCCCCCCCCCCCCCCCCAAUGAAGGGCUGUACCAGGAAUGGAAUAUUCAGAUUUUUUUUGUUCUGAGUGAACAUAGGAAGGCACCAUCCGCGUUGAGUAGAUGUUGAGGUUUCAGGCUUUGACCCUUCUAUUCUGUUCAAGGUAAAUCUGCAUGCAUCAUACACUCA